UCGCACUUCCCCUUUCCCCGAGUCGCACUUCCCCUUUCCCCCGAGUCGCACUUCCCCUUUCCCCCGAGUCGCACUUCCCCUUUCCCCAGAGCGCACUUCCCCUUUCCCCCGAGUCGCACUUCCCCUUUCCCCGAGUCGCACUUCCCCUUUCCCCCGAGUCGCACUUCCCCUUUCCCCCGAGUCGCACUUCCCCUUUCCCCCGAGUCGCACUUCCCCUUUCCCCCCGAGUAGUCGCGCACUUCCCCUUUCCCCCGAGUCGCACUUCCCCUUUCCCCCGAGUCGCACUUCCCCUUUCCCCCGAGUCGCACUUCCCCUUUCCCCCGAGUCGCACUUCCCCUUUCCCCCGAGUCGCACUUUCCCCUUUCCCCCGAGUCGCACUUCCCCUUUCCCCCGAGUCGCACUUCCCCUUUCCCCCGAGUCGCACUUCCCCUUUCCCCCGAGUCGCACUUCCCCUUUCCCCCGCCACGAGUCGCACUUCCCCUUUCCCCGAGUCGCACUUCCCCUUUCCCCCGAGUCGCACUUCCCCUUUCCCCCGAGUCGCACUUCCCCUUUCCCCCGAGUCGCACUUCCCCUUCUCCCCCGAGUCGCACUUCCCUUUCCCCCGAGUCGCACUUCCCCUUUCCCCCGGAGUCGCACUUCCCCUUUCCCCCGAGUCGCACUUCCCCUUUCCCCGAGUCGCACUUCCCCUUUCCCCCGAGUCGCACUUCCCCUUUCCCCCGAGUCGCACUUCCCUUUCCCCCGAGUCGCACUUCCCCUUCCCCCGAGUCGCACUUCCCCUUUCCCCCGAGUCGCACUUCCCCUUUCCCCCGAGUCGCACUUCCCCUUUCCCCCGAGUCGCACUUCCCCUUCCCCCCGAGUCGCACUUCCCCUUUCCCCGAGUCGCACUUCCCCUUUCCCCCGAGUCGCACUUCCCCUUUCCCCCGAGUCGCACUUCCCUUUCCCCCGAGUCGCACUUCCCCUUUCCCCGAGUCGCACUUCCCCUUUCCCCCGAGUCGCACUUCCCCUUCCCCCGACCGAGUCGCACUUCCCCUUUCCCCCGAGUCGCACUUCCCUUUCCCCGAGUCGCACUUCCCCUUUCCCCCGAGUCGCACUUCCCCUUUCCCCCGAGUCGCACUUCCCCUUUCCCCCGAGUCGCACUUCCCCUUUCCCCCGAGUCGCACUUCCCCUUUCCCCCGAGUCGCACUUCCCCUUUCCCCCGAGUCGCACUUCCCCUUUCCCCCGAGUCGCACUUCCCUUUCCCCCGAGUCGCACUUCCCCUUUCCCCCGAGUCGCACUUCCCCUUUCCCCCGAGUCGCACUUCCCCUUUCCCCCGAGUCGCACUUCCCCUUUCCCCCGAGUCGCACUUCCCUUUCCCCGAGUCGCAACUUCCCCUUUCCCCCGAGUCGCACUUCCCCUUUCCCCGAGUCGCACUUCCCCCUUUCCCCCGAGUCGCACUUCCCCUUUCCCCCGAGUCGCACUUCCCCUUUCCCCGAGUCGCACUUCCCCUUCCCCCGAGUCGCACUUCCCCUUUCCCCGAGUCGCACUUCCCCUUUCCCCCGAGUCGCACUUCCCCUUUCCCCGAGUCGCACUUCCCCUUUCCCCCGAGUCGCACUUCCCCUUUCCCCCGAGUCGCCACUUCCCCUUUCCCCCGAGUCGCACUUCCCCUUUCCCCCGAGUCGCACUUCCCCUUUCCCCCGAGUCGCACUUCCCAUUUUCCCCCGAGUCGCACUUCCCCUUUCCCCCGAGUCGCACUUCCCCUUUCCCCCGGAGAGUCGCACUUCCCCUUUCCCCCGAGUCGCACUUCCCCUUUCCCCCGAGUCGCACUUCCCCUUUCCCCCGAGUCGCACUUCCCCUUUCCCCCGAGUCGCACUUCCCCUUUUCCCCCGAGUCGCACUUCCCCUUUCCCCCGAGUCGCACUUCCCCUUUCCCCCGAGUCGCACUUCCCCUUUCCCCCGAGUCGCACUUCCCCUUUCCCCCGAGUCGCACUUCCCCUUUCCCCCGAGUCGCACUUCCCCUUUCCCCCGAGUCGCACUUCCCCUUUCCCCCGAGUCGCACUUCCCCUUUCCCCCGAGUCGCACUUCCCCUUUCCCCCGAGUCGCACUUCCCCUUUCCCCCGAGUCGCACUCCCCUUUCCCCGAGUCGCACUUCCCCUUUCCCCCGAGUCGCACUUCCCCUUCCCCCGAGUCGCACUUCCUUCCCCCGAAGCGCACUUCCCCUUUCCCCCGAGUCGCACUCCCCUUUCCCCCCGAGUCGCCACUUCCCCUUUCCCCCGAGUCGCACUUCCCUUUCCCCCGCAGUCGCAACUUCCCCUUUCCCCCGAGUCGCACUUCCCCUUUCCCCCGAGUCGCACUUCCCCUUUCCCCCGAGUCGCCACUUCCCCUUUCCCCCGAGUCGCACUUCCCCUUUCCCCCGAGGUCGCACUUCCCCUUUCCCCCGAGUCGCACUUCCCCCUUUCCCCCGAGUCGCACUUCCCCUUUCCCCCGAGUCGCACUUCCCCUUUUCCCCCCGAGUCGCACUUCCCCUUUCUCCCCGAGUCGCACUUCCCCUUUCCCCCCGAGUCGCACUUCCCCUUUCCCCCGAGUCGCACUUCCCCUUUCCCCCGAGUCGCACUUCCCCUUUCCCCCGAGUCGCACUUCCCCUUUCCCCCGAGUCGCACUUCCCCUUUCCCCCGAGUCGCACUUCCCCUUUCCCCCGAGUCGCACUUCCCCUUUCCCCCGAGUCGCACUUCCCCUUUUCCCCCGAGUUCGCACUUCCCCUUUCCCCCGAGUCGCACUUCCCCUUUCCCCCGAGUCGCACUUCCCCCUUUCCCCGAGUCGCACUUCCCCUUUCCCCCGAGUCGCACUUCCCCUUUCCCCCGAGUCGCACUUCCCCUUUCCCCCGAGUCGCACUUCCCCUUUCCCCCGCCUUUCCCCCGAGUCGCACUUCCCCUUUUCCCCCGAGUCGCACUUCCCCUUUCCCCCGAGUCGCACUUCCCCUUUCCCCCGAGUCGCACUUCCCCUUUCCCCCGAGUCGCACUUCCCCUUUCCCCCGAGUCCGCACUUCCCCUUUUCCCCCGAGUCGCACUUCCCCUUCCCCGAGUCGCACUUCCCCUUUCCCCCCGAGUCGCACUUCCCCUUUCCCCCGAGUCGCACUUCCCCUUUCCCCCGAGUCGCACUUCCCCUUUCCCCCGAGUCGCACUUCCCCUUUCCCCCGAGUCGCACUUCCCCUUUCCCCCCGAGUCGCACUUCCCCUUUCCCCCGAGUCGCACUUCCCUUUCCCCCGAGUCGCACUUCACCUUUCCCCCGAGUCGCACUUCCCCUUUCCCCCGAGUCGCACUUCCCCUUUCCCCCGAGUCGCACUUCCCCUUUCCCCCGCGUCGCACUUCCCCUUUCCCCCCGAGUCGCACUUCCCCUUUCCCCCGAGUCGCACUCCCCUUUCCCCCGAGUCGCACUUCCCCUUUCCCCCGAGUCGCACUUCCCCUUUCCCCCGAGUCGCACUUCCCCUUUCCCCCGAGUCGCCACUUCCCCUUUCCCCCGAGUCGCACUUCCCCUUUCCCCCGAGUCGCACUUCCCCUUUCCCCCGAGUCGCACUUCCCCUUUCCCCCGAGUCGCACUUCCCCUUUCCCCCGAGUCGCACUUCCCCUUUCCCCCGAGUCGCACUUCCCCUUUCCCCCGAGUCGCACUUCCCUUUCCCCCGAGUCGCACUUCCCCUUUCCCCCGAGUCGCACUUCCCUUUCCCCCGAGUCGCACUUCCCUUCCCCGAGUCGCACUUCCCCUUCCCCGAGACGCACUUCCCCUUUCCCCCGGGUCGCACUUCCCCUUUCCCCCGAGUCGCACUUCCCCUUUCCCCCGAGUCGCACUUCCCCUUUCCCCCGAGUCGCACUUCCCCUUUCCCCCGAGUCGCACUUCCCCUUUCCCCCGAGUCGCACUUCCCCUUUCCCCCGAGUCGCACUUCCCCUUUCCCCCGAGUCGCACUUCCCCUUUCCCCCGAGUCGCACUUCCCCUUUCCCCCGAGUCGCACUUCCCCUUUCCCCCGAGACGCACUUCCCCUUUCCCCCGAGUCGCACUUCCCCUUUCCCCCGGAGUCGCACUUCCCCUUUCCCCCGAGUCGCACUUCCCCUUUCCCCCGAGUCGCACUUCCCCCUUUCCCCCGAGUCGCACUUCCCCUUUCCCCCGAGUCGCACUUCCCCUUUCCCCCGAGUCGCACUUCCCCUUUCCCCCGAGUCGCACUUCCCCUUUCCCCCGAGUCGCACUUCCCCUUUCCCCCGAGUCGCACUUCCCUUUCCCCCGAGUCGCACUUCCCCUUUCCCCCGAGUCGCACUUCCCCUUUCCCCGAGUCGCACUUCCCCUUUCCCCCGAGGACGCACUUCCCCUUUCCCCCGAGUCGCACUUCCCCUUUCCCCCGAGUCGCACUUCCCCCUUUCCCCCGAGUCGCACUUCCCCUUUCCCCGAGUCGCACUUCCCCUUUCCCCCGAGUCGCACUUCCCCUUUCCCCCGAGUCGCACUUCCCCUUUCCCCCGAGUCGCACUUCCCCUUUCCCCCGAGUCGCACUUCCCCUUUCCCCCGAGUCGCACUUCCCCUUUCCCCCGAGUCGCACUUCCCCUUUCCCCCGAAGUCGCACUUCCGACUUCCCCUUUCCCCCGAGUCGCACUUCCCCUUUUCCCCCGAGUCGCACUUCCCCCUUUCCCCCGAGUCGCACUUCCCCUUUCCCCUGAGUCGCACUUCCCCUUUCAGCCGGCUCGCACUUCAACUUCCCCACAGGGCGCUCAUCGGCUUCACCCCAGGUCGCACAACCACUUCCCCCUGGUCGCUCCACCCCUUUUCCACGGGUCGCACACCCCCUUCCCCUCCACUUCCCCUACCCCCGCAGGUCGCUCCUCCCCUUUCUCCCCGGUCGCCAUUCCAACCCCCCCCCCCAUGUCGCUCCUCCCUGUCCCCCAGGUCGCACCCCCCCUUUCCCCCAUGCCACACCUCCCUGUUCCCCCCCACAGAGCACCUUAUCACUCCCUCACAAUGCACUACCCCUCCCAUCCCUUUGCUUCCUCUCCCCUCCAAUCCCUUUUAUUCUCUUCGCUUCCCAUCCCUCGCCUUCCCUUCCACCGACCUCCCUGCACUUCCUAUGCCCCUCUCCUCACAUCCCUCUCCGCUCUCCUCUCAUUUCUCGCGGAUCUAUCUCAUCCCGUCCACCACUCUCUCAUCCCGUCCUGCGCUCUCCCAUCCGUGACUCUCCGGUCUCUUCCCGUCCUCCGCUCUCUCAUCCCUCCCUCUCUGCUCUCAUCCCGCCCUCCCCUCUCUCAACAACUUCCCUCUUUGCUCUCAUCCCGUCGACCGCUCUCCCAUCCCUGCCCACCCAUCCCUCAUCCCGUCCGCCGCUAUCUCUUCCCUUCCUCUCCUCUACUAUCCCCUCCUCCGCUCCCUCACGCCUCCCUCUCCUCAACUAUCCCGUCUGCCGCUCUCUCAUCACUCCCUAUGCCCGUGUUCCCCACUCCCCCGCAGGGCACGUGGCCCCUGUGUCUCGUGGGGGCCGUGCUCUACCUUGCGCUGCAGGUGCACGGGGCUCAGGCUCAUAAUGCGCCUCAACGGAACGCCCUCACACGUCCCCCCCCUCCCUUCUCUCAUCCCCUCCUCCCAUCUCUCCUCCCCGCCUUCCCUCCCUCACCCGCUCCUCCCAUCGCUCAUCCCCUCCUCCCCUCUCUCAUACCCUCUUCCCUCUUUCAUCCGCUCCUCCCCUCCCUCAUACCCUCCUCCCCUCUCUCAUCCCCUCCACCCCUCCCUCAUCCCCUCCCUCUUUCUCUCAUUCCCGCCUCCCCAUCACUCCUCCCCUCCUUCCUUCUCUCAUCCCGUCCUCCCCUCUCUCAUUUCCUCCUCCCCUCUCUCAUCCCGUCCUCCCCUCUCUCAUCCCCUCCUCCCCUCUAUCAUCCUCUCCUCCCCUCUCUCAUCCCUUGCUCCCCUCGGACCCCCAUGUUCCUCCUUCCUUCCCCUCAUUUCCCCCCUCCAAGCCUAUCACCGCCUAUCCUCCUUCCCCGUCUUUCACCCUCCUUUUUAAACUCCUCCCACCUAUAUUCCACCCCCCUUGGACGCCCACUUCUUUCAACCCAAUUCCCAUGUUGCCCCCCUCAUGCCCCCUCUCUUCCCCCCUCCCCCCCUCAGUCCCAUUUAUCCGCCCCUGGUUCCCCUCUUUUCUCCCCUUGUUUUCCCCCUUUAUCCACCAUAUUUCCCACUCUGGUUCCACUGUUACCCCCCCCCUGCUUCCAAUCAUUUCCCCUCCUACUUCCCCUCCUGUCGCCACCUGCUUCCAUUCACUGUCUCCUUGCUCUCUUCGUGUUUUCCCGCCCACAGAAUGCCAACACCUCCGAGUUCAUGGUGCAGGCCACGGGGCUCACCGCCAUCCGUUCCUCCCCUCAUUCAUCACAUCCUCGCUCUCAUCCUUUCCUCCCAUCUCUCAUCUCUCCCUCGUCUCUACCAUCCUCUCCCCCAUUAUCCUCCUCUCCCCCCCCCCGUCCCCCUCUCUCACUAUGUCCUCAUCUCUCACCUGGUCCUCCUCUCUCCUCCCUGCCGUCCCUUCUCCCUUCUCUUCCCCUCAUGUCCCCCAAUCCAUUCCCUUAUUUCCCCGCUCGUAACCCUCUUUCCAUUUCCUCUGUCCCCCCGGCUCUCGAUUCUCUAAAAAAGGUGCUCUUGGUAACACCCUUGCAUCCCAUCAGUACACCCACUCCUACCCCUCUCUACCCCCCCUGCUACCCCUCUCUUCCCCCCCUGCUGCGGCUCGUUUUCUCCCUGUCCUCUGUAAUGCCUUUGCCUUUAGUCAAUGUCCCCUCUUGCUUGCACCCAGUCACUCCCCUGUAUCCCGUCCCUUCUCUGUUUAUAUAUUCCCAUCUUCCAAUCCUCCCCCGUCUCAUACCCCACCAGCCUCUCGCAACUUGUCUCCCCCUCUCUCAUCCCUCCCCAUCCUCUCGCAUCCCGCCCCCCCCUCUCUCAUCCCUCCCCAUCCUCUCACAUCCCAUCUCCCCCUCGCUCAUUCCUCCCCCUCCCGCGAAGGCACUUCGCCAGCGCCCAUGCCUUCGCGCCUCAUCCACGCCAAGGAUGGGCGCCCGCUGGUCUGCAGGCAGCUUUCCCAGACUCUCGGCCGCCAGCAGUAGUCAAGGGGAACUGGAAUAG